ACAGUCACAAUUCACAAUGUCUAGGUUGCUUCUCCACUUCUCUUCCUCUCCCAUGGCGAACGAAGACGACUCCCCCUCCUCCGCGGAGCCCUCGCAGCAAUCUCAGGACGAAAACUCAGAGCGAUACAUGGUGGGAUUCAUCAUCGCGAACAUCGUAGGGCUAAAGUACUACUCGGGGCGAAUCAACGGCCGAGAGUUAGUCGGCCUCGUCCGAGAGCCUUCGAAUCUCUACGACGAGAACGCAAUCAGAGUCCUCAACACGCGAUCCCUCCAAGUGGGCCACAUCGAGCGCGCCGUCGCCGCCGUCCUCUCGCCUCUGAUAGACUCCGGGAAGAUCCUCGUCGAAGGCAUCGUGCCCAACACUCGCUCCACAGCCAAUAGGUUCAGAAUCCCCUGCCAAGUUCACGUCUUUGCGAAGCUGGAGGAGACGGCGGAUGUUAAAUCGGCGAUUUCGAGGGCCGGGCUGGUGUUGAUUUCGGAUUCGGACACUUCCUUUGGGUUGUCUGAGGCUGUUGUGGUUAAGGAGCGGAUGGGUGGUGGUGGGGAGAAGAAGAGUGUGGAUAAGAUUUUUAAGCUUGUUGAUGAGAAUGUGAAGCAAAAGGAGAAGAUGGUUGAGGUUGAGGCGCCUAGGGAGGUGAUAAAGUCUGAGCUUUUCGCUCAUCAGAAGGAAGGUUUGGGUUGGUUGUUGAAUAGGGAGAAGGAUGGUGAGCUUCCUCCGUUUUGGGAGGAGAAAGGUGGAGACUUUGUUAACGUUUUGACGAAUUACCGUACUGAUAAAAGGCCUGAGGCUUUGCGUGGAGGUGUGUUUGCUGAUGAUAUGGGGUUGGGGAAGACUCUUACGUUACUUUCGUUGAUAGCUUUCGAUAGAUACGGUGAUGAUGCAUCCACCAGUACGGAGGAGACUUUUGAUGUUGGAGAGAAGAAGGGUAGGAAGAGAGGGAGAGGGAAGAGCAGUGAGAGUGGAGGAGCGAGGAAGAAGGUUAAGUCUCAGAAGACGACGUUGAUUGUUUGUCCACCUUCUGUGUUCUCAGCGUGGAUCACGCAGCUAGAAGAGCACACUGUAGCUGGAUGCUUGAAGGUGUAUAUGUAUCAUGGAGGCGAGAGGACAGACGAUGUUAACGAGCUUAUGAAGUAUGAUAUAGUGUUGACUACUUACAGCACUUUGGCUCUUGAGGAACCUUGGGAAGAUUCUCCUGUUAAGAAGAUGGAAUGGCUGAGAAUAGUUUUGGAUGAGGCACACACUAUUAAGAACGCGAACGCUCAGCAGAGCAAGGCGGUUUGUAAUCUGAAGGCUUCUAGGAGAUGGGCUGUCACAGGAACUCCUAUUCAGAAUGGUUCGUUUGAUUUGUACUCUCUGAUGGCGUUUCUCCGGUUUGAGCCGUUUUCGAUAAAGAGUUAUUGGCAAAGCUUGAUUCAACGCCCGCUUGGUCAAGGGAAUAAGAGUGGGCUCUCACGUUUACAGGUCUUAAUGGCGACAAUCUCGUUGAGGAGAACGAAGGAGAAGAGUUCGAUUGGUUUGCCACCUAAGACUGUUGGGACUUGUUAUGUUGAUCUUUCUCCGGAAGAACGUCAGUUAUAUGAUCACAUGGAAGGAGAAGCCAAAGGUGUUGUGCAGAAUCUCAUAAACAAUGGAAGCUUGAUGAGAAACUACUCAACGGUUUUGAGUAUAAUCUUACGGCUUAGACAGCUUUGUGACGACAUUUCUCUAUGCCCUCCUGAACUAAGAUCUUUGACCACUUUAACAUCUAUAGAAGAUGUGACUGAUCAGCCAGAGCUGCUGCAAAAACUUGUUGCUAUAUUGCAAGACGGCGAAGAUUUUGACUGUCCGAUUUGCAUUUCUCCACCGAGAGACAUCAUCAUCACUCGAUGUGCUCACAUCUUUUGCAGGUCCUGCAUUCUCCAAACCCUUCAAAGAACUAAACCUUCUUGCCCUCUUUGCCGUGGCUCUCUAACCCAAUCAGAUCUCUUCAACGCUCCUCCUCCUCCUGAAGCUCCAGAUAACGACGGAGGAGAGACCAAACCUUCAACCAAAUCCUCAAAGGUCACGGCAUUACUAUCACUUCUCAUGGCGUCAAGACAAGAGAACCCCAACACGAAGUCUGUUGUGUUCUCUCAGUUCAAGAAGAUGCUUCUUCUACUAGAAACCCCGCUGAAAGCUGCGGGUUUCACCGUCUUACGCUUGGAUGGGGCAAUGACUGUGAAGAAACGGACUCAAGUCAUUAAAGACUUUGGUAAACCGGAGUUAACCGGACCUGUGGUGUUGCUUGCCAGCCUCAAGGCUUCUGGUGCUGGCAUAAACCUAACUGCAGCUUCGAGGGUUUACCUGUUCGAGCCGUGGUGGAACCCUGCGGUUGAAGAACAGGCCAUGGACAGGAUUCAUAGGAUUGGGCAGAAACAGGAGGUUAAAAUGAUUAGGAUGAUUGCGAGGAACAGUAUCGAAGAGAGGGUCCUUGAGCUUCAGCAGAAGAAGAAGAAUCUUGCUAAUGAAGCUUUUAAAAGAAGGCGUGGGAAAGAUCAAAGAGAGGUUAACAUUGAAGACGUGGUCGCUCUCAUGUCUCUCUGAACUCUAAAAUAAUGCCUUAGAUUUUUCCCGUUACAUCAGAGUUUUACCGUUUUUUUUUUUCUCAUGUUCCCUCUUAAGGAUACAUUAGCUGCAGCAUAUAGCUAACGGAUGUUUCAGACUCGGUUAGUUUAAUUAAGGGUUUGCUUGUACAUAAUAUUUGUACCUAAACCAACCGCCACCAAUAUUACUGUUGUUAUUUGUCUGACAUGCACAAGUAAACAUAGUAGCACUGUAUGAAUCUGUGAUUAAAAUGGUACUCCAACCUAAGUAAUGUUUCAGAUCAAAAACAUAAUCAUCAAAUGGAAUGUUUCACUCGAAACAUUUUAUGUUAUGCAUAAGUAGACAUUCCAGUUUUUUUCACGUUUGGUUCAGUUCUGUCCAAUUUGAUUCAGUUCAAUUUUUGUUUGCUUAUGCCUUAUAAUAUGAUGAUUGACUUUCUUGCUUAAGCGUAACUUGUUUAAGCGUAAUAACUUGAGUUUGUUGCUGUCAUAGUAUUGUUUGUAUAAUUAGUUAAAAUUUAGGUGGGCGUUAGAUACCUUAUUAUGAGGAGUAUUCUCUCUUCACCUAACAUGUUUUACUUGACGUCAACACACUUCUCGUUUUCAAUCUUGAAAAAGUCAACACACCGUUUAUAAAAAGGACUUUUAAUCUUUAGCAGAUAUCAAACGGCGUCAAAUACGAAGGGGGGACAUUUACUCAUUGUAAAAGUUACAUAAACGAAUAGUCAACUAUGCAAACAUUAAAAAUUAAUCAUAUCAUCUAUCGGUUGGUGUUGUUACAGGCCGGUCAUAGUUUAGACUAGAGUGGUAAGAGAUUGUACUAGUAUUCUAAACUAAACGAACAAUAUUUUCUAGACACGUAAUUAAUUUUAAUAGAAUCACUGUUUAAAGUUUUCUCUCUGGCGCAAGUUGAAAAAGAUGGCAUAAAACUAAUAACUUUAAGGGUUUAAUACCAAUUUGUAUAUUACUAUUAACUCUUUACUAUAUGCUGUCUCGCAAAUAGCUUGUCAAUAUGCAUAAAGCAUGGGAGCGUUGCUGAUGCACACGAGCUGCUUUGAGCUAACAAACGGAUGAAUGCAAGCACACACGUAGAAAAUGUUGUCUUUAAUACUAUUUGAGACAUUAUUAGUAGUACUAUCCACAUUUUGAUGUUUGUGAAUUAAUAUACACAUUAUUGUACUAGUGGUAGUGUUUUUUUCAAUCCAACUUAAUGAUUCCAUCAUUACACUAUAAGCGUAGUAGGGUACCAAGUUAUGGAUUAGCAACAGGUAACCCUUUCGUUAGUACUUUUAACAGCAUAAAAUAUGAAUAUUUCACCUCAGUUUUGCGCUAGCCGUAACGAUAACAAUAAAGUGCAUACAAGUAAAUUGGUUAAAUGAUUUGAUAAUGGUAUGUUAUUUUGGACUGUAUAAAGUUAAUACAUGAAAUAUAUAUACUCAUUAUUGAUUGCAUUUUAUUAGGUUUGGUAAUGACAAUUGACACCGUUCGUGGUAGAUGAAUUAUUAUUAUUGUGUUAUCUCCUCAUCCACACAAAACACGCACCAAUUACAGUGGGGUCCGCCGAAAUCCCGUAAAGCAGCCACUAUAUCUGCUGACGUGUUGGCUAAUCAACGUCUGUCGUAUUAAGGUGAGCGUGACAGGCAAGUGAGGUUAGCAAUCAGAUCAAACAAGUCGCAGGUUUUUCACGCGUCUGAAGGUGAAUGAAGGACGCGACUCUAUCUACCCUCUUGAAUUAUGUAAUUGGCUGUGAUAUCACCGCCCCAAAUCCGUGCAACUCCGUUUUGUCACGUAUAGCAUAAAAAUCGAAUAAUUAAAAUUUAUUACUAUUUAGUUGAUUUUGUUGACCAACAUAAAUAAAUGCUCUUUAUUGAUUUGGUUCUAUGAUUGAUUAUCAGUGAUCACAUACUCUUACCUAAAUACUAGUCCAAAUAUCUUCCAUCCAUAAAAGAGAACUUGCAUAUAGAAAGUAGAAACGCAGAUUUUUAAAAUUGACAAUAUUUGCGGUUUUAUAAUGGUAAACAAACGAUGUCACAGUAUUCAGUAGAGGUAAAAUAAGUAAUUUUGUCAGUAAAGUCUCUAAAAUUAAGUUUCUGUUAUCAACAAACGUUACACAACCUUAUGAUUUAGGAAAAGUCGACGUGACGAGUUGAUUGAAACAUAACCUUCAUCAUCCUCUUUUUCUUUAAGCUUUUCCAACAAGGAAAAGAGAAAGAGCUUUAGUGGGAAUCAUUCACAUUUUCCAAAAUAUGAUUGAUUUUCUAAAAAUAUUGAAAAUGUAAGAAAUUUCUUAUAUAUCUUGCAAACCCCAAACAAAAGUUGUUAGUGGAUUAGGUAUAUCAAUUUGAAUUUAUCAUAUAGACUAAUCAUUUAAGAACAUGAUAAUCUGAUCUUGAAUUAUUGAUCCAACUUAUUAGAUCUAUAACGUUUUUAGAUAUCAAAAUAUAUAAUUUUUAAAGUAUAUAACAAUGAAAUCAUUUGUUCUGAAUUAGAUUUACUGACUAAUUUGUGUCAGUAGCUUGAUGUAAAAUCCUCUAAAAGUCGGUAUACACAUAAAAGAAUGUUGGUAAAAGUUUUACCUUUUGACAUAUUCCAACGUAACACCAAUAAAUGUUACGUGGAAAAAUGUAGAAUAGUUUGACCUUGUCGACACUAACUCGUGUCCUCGUCCUUCAUACAACGCAUGUGCAAGAGAACAGAUGGAAUGAAUAUUUUAUUUUAUUCUUUAAAAAAAAAUGAAAAGCCAAAUGAGACCGAUCAAGGGGAGGGGGUCAAAAGAGAAAGCCGUAAAGAAAAAUAAAAAUCCAACUUAUUACCAAACAGAUACAAAGACACUUCCGAGAAGAUGAGUAGUAGUAGUAGAAUAACAGAAUUAAAAAAAAAAAUCUCUAAAUUAAAAAAAAAAGCUUUCUUGUAGAAUAGAAUUCUACAUCUGUUUUUUUUUUUAACGUAGUAGCACUUUGUUUUUAAGACAAAACGUAACCAAAACUGUUUCGUCUUUGUCUGUUUUUGUGACUUGUCUUGGUUUCUGGUUUUCCCCUCCUCUCUCUCUCUGUUUCUCGGUGCAUUUUCUAUUUUCCCCUUUCCGGGAAAGUUUUGUCAGAUUCGG